AUGUCUAAAAUACCUUCAGUUGUUCACUGGUUUCGCUUGGAUUUACGGUUGCAUGAUAAUCUUGCACUUCGUAAUGCCAUAAAUGAAGCCGAGAAUCGAAAACAUAUUUUAAGACCAAUUUAUGUAAUUGAUCCAGAAAUAAAUAAUAAGGUUGGUGCGAACAGACUCCGAUUCCUUAUACAAAGCCUUCAAGAUUUAGAUUUGAAUCUCCGUAAAAUUAAUACUCGUCUUUUCAUAAUAAAGGGAAAAGCUACCGAAUGUCUUUCACGGCUAUUUGAAAAAUGGCAGGUUAAUUUCUUAACAUUACAAGUUGAUAUUGAUGUAGAAUUGGUAAAACAAGAUGAAGUUAUAGAACAAAUUUGUGAGGAAAGAAAUAUAUUUAUUGUGAAACGGGCGCAACAUACAGUUUAUGACUUCAAUAGUGUUUUAAAGAAAAAUAAUGGUAAUAUACCAUUAACUUAUCAAAAAUUUCUAUCUUUAGUUGCUGAUACCCAAGUAAAAGAGACAAUUGAAAUAACAAAGAAUGUUAUUGAGGAAUGCAAAUCAAAUGAUUUCAGCUCUGAUGAGUAUAAUGUUCCCUCACUAGAUGAAGUGGGUUUAAACCAUUCAGAUUUAUCUGAAUGUAAAUAUCCUGGGGGUGAAACUGAAGGUUUGAAAAGACUCAAUGUUUAUAUGGCAAAAAAGCAAUGGGUUUGUAAUUUUGAAAAACCAAAUUCAUCACCAAAUAGUAUAGAGCCUAGUACAACAGUAUUAAGUCCAUACAUAAGUCAUGGUUGCUUGUCUGCAAAAUUGUUUUAUCACAAGCUUAAGCAAGUAGAGACUGGAAUGAAACAUACAUUACCUCCAGUAUCCCUUAUGGGGCAGCUUUUGUGGAGAGAGUUUUACUACACAGCUGGAGCUGGGACUAAAAAUUUUGAUAAAAUGGUAGGAAACUCGGUUUGUACCCAAAUUCCAUGGGGAAAAAAUGAAGAACAUCUUAAAGCUUGGGCUGAAGGUAGAACUGGUUAUCCAUUUGUUGACGCUAUCAUGCGCCAAUUGAAACAAGAAGGCUGGAUUCAUCAUUUAGCUCGUCAUAUGGUUGCAUGUUUUUUAACUAGAGGGGAUUUAUGGAUAUCAUGGGAAGAAGGAGCUAAGAUAUUUGAAGAUUAUCUUCUUGAUUAUGAUUGGUCUCUAAAUGCUGGAAACUGGAUGUGGCUAUCAGCUUCUGCAUUUUUUUAUAAAUAUUAUAGAGUGUACAGUCCCAUUGCUUUUGGUAAGAAAACUGAUAAAGAAGGACUUUAUAUAAGGAAAUAUGUACCUGAAUUAAAAAAAUAUCCAAGUGAAUUUAUUUAUGAGCCCUGGAAGGCACCUAAAUCAGUACAAAGGACUGCAGGUUGCGUAGUGGGUGAAGGUUAUCCAAACAGGAUUGUUGAUCAUGACAAAGUUCAUAAAGAAAAUAUUCAGAAAAUGAAUGCAGCAUAUAAAAUUAACAAAGAAAAGAAAGCUUUAAAAAGGAAAAGA